GUACUGUUUAUAAGGAAGUGACUAAGCGCUCCUGCAGCAGUCAGUUUGCUUAUUGGUGUGUGUGAGUGAGUGUGUGGAACAUUUGGAAGCAUGAGGACCUUCGUGAUGUUGAUGUGCCUUGUAGUGGGCUGCCUGGCUCAGGCACCUCAUACAUGCAGGUCUCCCCCUCUUCUGACCGGAGCCCUCUCUGUGGCAAAUGAGAAGUUUUAUGCAAAUGCAAAAUACACCUAUGAUGCGAUGCUCAAGCGUAUCCGCUUCAAGGAGGUUGGCUCUUAUGAGAACAAGACUUUCGGCAUUGAUGCCCUUCUGCUCUUCAGAGAGGGUGUCAUGUAUACGAUUAACCACAGGAACAAAACCUGUAAGAAGGAGAGGCUGAAAAGGGAGGACUUCCACCCUAUGGAGAUCCCUGACGAUGCUGCUCUGCUGGGCCAAGUUAUCUUAGGGAGCUCCUCUGGUCCAGGACAAGGUCUGCUGGUCAACACCUGGUAUGGAGAAGUUGCAACCCCAAGUGGUAAAGACAAGUGGGUGAGUACCUUCACUGAGUUUGGGUGCAUACCUGUCAGCUCUGCAUACUACACGGACAAGACCGGCUGGAUGCUUUCAAGCUUCUUCAACAUUGUCGUUGGGAUCCUGGACCCCCGGGAGUUCUUCCCUCCUAAAUUCUGUCAGGGCGCUUUACUGGAUGAGACUGAAGAGGCUGCCAACUUCUACAGCAUUUUCAAAAACUUUACAAAAUAUUCCUAAAGGACAUUGUCUUUCAUUUUCUUAUGAGAAUUUCACACAACUAUUGCUUAUUUUUAACCUGAGAUAAAAAGCCAUUUUUUUUCAAAUGAAUUCAUAAAUAUAAAAAAGGACUGUGUUAGUGUAGGUAAAACACAAGUUACAAAAAUAAUAUACUACUGACCAUGUUACAAGUCAGUUACACUGAGCAUUAUAUGUACACAUUACCAUCGCAAACGUUCAUUUCUUGCAUUGAACUGUCCUUCUGAAUCAUUUCUUUUCAAAGGCAAGUCUACAGUCCGGGUUAGGGUUUGGCCGGGGUAGACCGUCAUUGUAAAUAAGAAUUGGUUCUUAACUGAAUUGCCUAGUUAAAUAAAGGUCAAAACAAAUAAAUACA